UAUCUAUAUUUAAUUACAGUCGUCGAACCAGGAAAGCCAGCAUGGUAUAAGAUACAGAAAGAAUUUGGUCCGGAUAUGUUUUUGGAUACUAAAUACUUGGACAGAACGAAACUCGGCGAUUUAAUAUUUAAUGAUAUUGAAAAAAGAAAAAAACUCAAUGCCAUUACGCAUCCUGACAUAUAUAAGGAAAUAUAUUGGCAAACUAUUAAAUACUUUCUACAAGGCUAUUCGUUUAUAGUCAUGGACCUACCAUUGCUUUUUGAAACAGGACAUAUGUUAAAUUAUUUACACAAAAUUAUAGUUGUAACAUGUGAAGAGGAUCUUCAAUUACAACGUUUAAUAGAGCGCAGUGGAUUUACAGAAGCUAAGGCAAAAAUAAGAAUAGCUGCACAAAUGUCCUUGGAGAAGAAAGCUGAGAUGGCAAAUUUUGUAAUUGAAAAUUCGGGUAGCGUAAGCGACACUAGGGAACAGACUAUAAAAGUGAUUAAUGUAUUAAGAUGCUCUAAGCAUCACUGGAAAUUGCGUUUUCUAGUCGGAUUUUGUUGUACCAUAUUGUUAGUUGGCGCAUAUUGGUUAAGAAACAGAAGCUCCAGAUCUUUAUCCUCUGCGGCAUAAAUUAUUUCCUGUUACAACUAAUCAGUUUAGACAAAUAAAAGUUUGUUCCGUUGUAAAUUGUAAUUUCGUGAUAAAAGCAAAUAUGUAUUUAAUUAAAUUAUAAUAACAAAUACGCAAAAAAAAAAACGAAAAUUUUAAAAUAGAUGGAAACAUUAAUUUACAAAAUAAUCAUUCUUGCUAGAUAAAUUGAUGCAUUGUAUAAAAAGGUAAAGGUACUUUUCCUUUUACUUGUAGACAAAGUUUCUAUGUGAUUAUAAACUGUGCAAUAUUAAAUAUUUUAUUUACAUACAACCAGAAUUAUUCUUCUGGUUGCAAUGCGCUAGAGCUAACGAUAGGGCAAAGGGAUACAGAAUUAUAUAUGUGUGCAUAUUUAUAUGUACAUAAAUAUAUGUAAUGUCCAAUGAAAAAGUAUUUCAUUGACAAAAAUGAAGAUAUCUCAUAUUCAACACUUACACCAGAACGUCACACAAAAAUGUAAAGGAAAAAAAAAAGAAAGUAAAGCGAUAUGUUUGUUAUGAGUUAAAUUAGACAACUCUGAUGUAAAUAUUUUACAUUGAAUUAUAAUAACAUAAUUAACAC